CCCAAUUCCUAGGGAGCCCUUUGCGUUUUCGGGGUCCCCUCACUCCAGAAAAAUCACACAGCCUUUGGCUUUCCUCUUCCCACACCCGCUCACUGUUCCGCAGGACCGCUGGGCGACAGAGCUAUGGACAAGCGUCUGCAGGAGGCUCAGCUGUACAAGGAGGAAGGGAACCUGCGUUACCGGGAAGGGAAGUACCGAGAUGCUGUGAGUCGGUACCAUCGAGCUCUGCUUCAGCUACGGGGUCUGGAUCCCAGUCUGCCCUCCCCGAUACCUGAUCUGGGACACGAGGGCCCGGCUCUCACCCCUACCCAAGAACACAUGCUGCACACCACCCAGACAGACUGCUACAACAAUCUAGCGGCCUGCCUCCUUCAGAUGGAGCCAGUGAACUAUGAACGAGUGAAAGAAUACAGUCAGAAGGUCCUGGAACGGCAGCCUGACAACGCCAAGGCCUUGUAUCGGGCCGGAGUAGCCUUCUUCCACCUGCAGGACUAUGACCAAGCUCGGCACUACCUCCUGGCUGCUGUCAACAGGCAGCCGAAAGAUGCCAACGUCCGGCGGUACCUGCAGCUGACACAGUCGCAGCUCAGCAGCUACCAUCAGAGAGAGAAGCAGCUCUACGUGGGCAUGUUUGGUUAACAGAGGAGAAGGACGCUUCUCCACGUGAACUUUGGUGAACGGUGAACCAGUGAAGUCUCAUCCAGUGGAACCUGGCCUCGCAGGAGACACAGCCUCAUACCUCUGACCCAGGUGUCUUUCUGUCUUGAUUCUAGUUCUGCACAAACUCUCAACUACUUACACAGUCUGCCCUUUUUUUUUUUUUGUCUGUCCAUCUAUAUAUUUGUAUAGCUUUUAAAACAUGGAAUUCUUAUGGCCAUUUGCCCUGAGAAUUACAACCAGAAUAUAUUCAUCACCUGUGUGUGGAAUUAAUCAUAUCUACAGCGUAGAUUCUAAUGAUGGAUGUUGUUAGAUGUAUUCAUACACAGAGGAGAAGUUUAGCAGGGGAUGAAGUAAUGAUAGACAGAAAGGAGUUUCUUCCGUUGUUUCCUCAGAUGCCCAACGCCAAAGUUAGACAGGCCAGAAACUGGGCAGUAUAUUUCUUUUGUGAAACUAGACAAUUACAAAUUGGGCCCGCAUGUCUUAAAAUGAAAGGUUUCAAAUUAAGUGAAUUCCUUAUUUUUAAUAUUCCACAUAUAUUCAGAUUCUUCUUCCCCUACAAAAGUAUCUGGCUCCUAUUGUUUGGGUAAUUUCCGGUCAUCGAUGGUGUUUAUAUUCAGAUCAUUAGAGUAGACUUAUUUAAUUUUUCAUUAAACUCUUCUAUUUUAAGAUCUCUGGAGUGGAGCACUUAAGUAUUUAUUUAAUAAUCCUUCUACCCUCAUGCUACAAAAACACCCAAGUAAACAGUUUAGUUUUUAAUAAGUGCGUUGCUAUAGUCUGCCUGUUUCUCUGAAACACUUAGGAAAGACAGAUUACUAAGUCUAGAAACAGUACCAUGGAAGAGCAGGAUACAAACAUAAACCUGUUCUUCACCUGUCACCUUGUAUUCCGCCAGAGCCCAGUUCCCCUUCAGAGGAGGGAACCAAUGGGGAAGGUUCUCCUUCCUUAGUGCCUUUUACGUACUUUCUGGAAGCUGUGUGGGCACCAGUGCAGGCUGCGGAUCUGAUGCAGCCAUGGCUCAGGAGGAGGCUCCAUCAACCAGGAGCUCCGCUGUCCGCCCAUCACUUGUGAAGAAUGUGCACAGUGUAGGAGCUGUACAGAGCAGGGGAGACCGGCUAGCACUGCCUCCCUCUGAGUGGAGCUGGUCAUAAGCAGGUGCCGUUAGCCAUCACACAGCCACCGACUGCGGAAAGAACACCUCAGUCUUGCCAAACGUGCUAAGUUCUUCUCCCUUCAUCAGCAGCUCCCCCCAUCCCCAUAAAACAGGCUCCUCUGUGUCUCCCUCUGCCCCUCAAUAAUGCAGCCGGCAGCUUACAACACAGCCUUCUUCUACCAAAUAAUCCUAAUGAGUCCAAGGACAGAGCUAACAAAAGUAGAGUAUUUUAUUCCUUUCCCAAGCCUCUUCCAUUGCUCUAUCUAGAUUGUUGACAAAAUGUUGUCAUGGUUGCAUGUUUUGUUUGUUUUGGGCUGUUUUUGCUUCCUGAUUUCACUUUUGUUUGUGGUUUGUUUUUUCAAGACGAUGUCACAGUGAGCUAUCUUCAGUAUCAAUGAGGAAAAAAUAAAACUGAUAUUUAAAAAUGAA